AUGGCCGCACAGAGGCGGAGAAAGGGAAGGGGGAGGCCAUUUAUCUAUGGACUUGCAAGCGAUCCCAGGAAGAUCGGCGUGACCAACCCAGCUCCAACGCCUCCGGACGGGCGCCCACCGAGCGGGAGGCAGCUGAUGAAGGGCGUGGCAGCAGAGACGAGGCCAUCGACAGAGGAGAUACCCCAACGUUUCGACCAAGAGGAGGUCGCCGUCAAAUGGGGGGACGAGCGAGAUGGUGGUGGUUUGGAGAAGAAAGGAGUCGCGCGAGGGGACAGUUGCAGCCCUUCCCGGCCUUGGAUCAUUUGUCGACGUCGACGCUCAUGUUUAAAUGAUGUAUACCAAAAUUUCCCCCACAGGUCGUAA